AUGCCACCAAGAAGAACAACAUCUUUCCAAAACAGUCAGGCUAAUGAUGGUGUACCUCCUCCACUUGAGGGUUUGCCUCCCAUGAAUGAAAAAAGGCUUUAUAGGUAUCUCGGAACUUUAGCUGGUUUGGUUGAGCGUCAAGCUAGAGCUGCUGAGAUUAAUGGUCAGGGACAAUCCUCAUCUUCUAGGGGUAGCUCAUUUGAUGACUUUAAGAAACUAGGUCCUCCUUAUUUUUCUGGUACUUCAUAUCCAACAGAAGCAGAGAAUUGGAUUCUUAAGAUGGAGAAAUUCUUUGAUGUCAUAGAUCGUUCUGAGGAGCAAAAGGCCUCUUAUGCAGUAUUUAUGUUAGACAAAGAAGCAGAUCAUUGGUGGCGUAUGACCAAGAGGCUUUUGGAGGAUCAAGGACCCAUAAUUUGGAGACAGUUUAGGGAGGCUUUCUACAAGAAGUACUUCCCUGAAGGCAACAAAAGGUGGGAGAGUUUGUUCGUUUGGAACAGGUGGAUUGCUACGGAUGAGGAAAAAACAUUAAAGUUUCAGGAUGGAUUAAAGUCCUCCUUGAAUAAUAAGAUAUCUAUUUUGAAACUUGGCAUCUAUUCAGAGGUUGUGGACAGAGCCCUUAUUGCAGAAAAUGAUAAUGAGGAGCUUCAUCAGUAUAGAGAACAACAAAGGAAGAGGAAUAGGAGUGAUGGUGAUCAUAGUAAUCAAGCACAGAAAAGGUACGCCUCUACUAUAAAUCAAAAUAAAGAGAAGACAACCCAAAAUUCAAAUGUGAUAUGUCCUACUUAUGGUAAGAAGCACGGGCGUAGGCCAUGCUAUAAGGAGACUGGAGCUUGUUUUGGUUGUGGAAAACAAGGACACAUGGUUCGGGAUUGUCCAAAGAAUAAAAAGUUUAUCAUUGGGAAGCAUAAGGAGAAGAAUAAAGAGGAUAAACAGGCGCCUAGGGCCCAAGGACGGGUGUUUGUUAUGACUCAUCGGGAUGCUUAA